AUGCCUCUUCCUCCACUACUGGCAGGCCAAGUCUGCGCGGUAACCGGAGGCUUGACAGGCAUCGGACGGGCUAUCGCUCUUUCAUUUCUUUCACACGGCGCCAAAGUCGCAGUCAACUAUCUCGCGUCACACAAUAAGGACGAGCAGAGGCUUUUAGACUCAUUACGAGAAGAUGCAGUCGCAGCAAUCAAAUCUCGAGAUCAAUCGUCCAUCAUCUCCGCAGAGGAUCUUCCCCUUUUGAUGGUGCCAGGCGACAUUUCGCAGCCAGAGACCGCCACGGACUUUGUCUCCCAGAUUGUCUCAGCCUUUGGCCGCCUCGACACAUUCGUUUCGAACGCAGGUAUCUGCAAGUUCGAGGAGUUUCUGGCUAUCAAGCCAGACUCCUUUCAACGGCAUUUGCAGACCAACCUCUCAGGCGCCUUUUAUACCGUGCAAGCGGCGGCCCAGCAGAUGGUCUCGCAAAGCCCGCAAGGAGGUUCCAUCAUUGGCAUAUCGUCGAUCUCUGCGCUGGUUGGUGGAGCAGAACAGUGCCACUAUACUCCUACGAAAGCCGGUGUGCACUCGCUCAUGCAAAGUACGGCCGCCGCGUUAGGAAAGUAUAACAUCCGCUGUAACUCCCUGCUGCCUGGCACGAUACGAACGCAGCUGAACGAGGAAGACCUGAAGGACGGGAGCGAGAAGAAGGCGUACAUGGAGAAGCGGAUUCCCCUAGGUCUAGGGAAACCGGAGGAUAUGGCUGGGCCAGCUGUCUGGUUGGCGCAACCCGAGUUGAGUAAUUAUGUCAGUGGUGCGCAGAUCCUGGUUGAUGGCGGAGCGUAUGUCAAUUUUCAGUGA